AGAGAAAGGCUUCCUGUAACUUUCCCAGAAGAGCAAGGAAGGCAUUUUCUAGGAAUCCUCUGCUCCUCGUAUCCUUCAACCCGAGCGGUGGAUGGAGAUAUCAUUUUACUGAUAAAAGAGCCGGUGACCUUCGAGGACGUGGCUGUGGCCUUCACGGAGGAGGAGCUGGGGCUGCUGGACGCCGCCCAGAGGCAGCUGUACCGGGAUGUGAUGCUGGAGAACUUCUGGAACCUGCUCUCUGUGGUUGUCUUUAACCCCACAGGAGACAGGAAUGCAAAGGAUUUGGAGAAUAUUCAAGAAAAGGAAUUAACAUCCCUUCCCUACAGAGAGCUCCUCUGCUGGAAAAUCUGGGAGCAGGCGGCUGAUGAAUUAACUGGGAGUCAAGACCGUAGAGUGAACCUUCAAGGGAGAGGUUUCCGGUUCUCGGAAGAUGCUUCUCUCUGUCAAGGCUGGGAAGGACCCCCUACCCGAGAUUCCCAGAUUGAAAAUAUGGUGGGUGGUGUUAAAGGGGAGGGGCCCAUCGAUUUAGAAAAUGAAGAGUUUCCGUCCUGCAAAGCAGUAAGACUGGUCUCCCUUCAAGAAUCUUGGAUGAAAGCCUUUGCGAGUGAGCCAUGGAAUGUUCACGAAAGAUGUAAAAAACUCAACAUGGAAGAUGCCAAAUGUAAACGUGACGGGGAUGGUUAUGGCUUCAGCUGGAUAUCACGUUGUCAUGGUGACCACAGAGUACCUCCAAGAGAGAAACCGUGUAAUUGCGAUAAAUGCCAAACAGACUGCGUGAAAAAGUCAAUACUUCCUCACCCUCACCUUGGAGAGAAUGGCUUUAAAAGAAAUGAAUGUGGAAGUGGCUUCAGGGACGAGUCAGACCUUCCCACUCACCCCAGAGUGCCCUUGAAAGAGAAACUCUCUAAGUAUCGUGAGUUUGCUCAGGGUUUCUGGCAGACUGCCCAUCUCGAGAGACAUCAAAGAACUCCUCCAGGAGAGAAAUCCUUUCAGAGUCACGAGUGUGUUCGGGGAUUGAGGCAGAACACACAUGGUCACAGCCGUCCCCGGCCCCACGCGGGGGAGAUGCCCUACAGAUGUGACGUGUGUGGGAGGGCCUUCAGGUAUAGAUCCGUUCUUCUCAUUCAUCAGGGAGUGCACACGGGAACGAAACCCUACAAAUGUGAGGAGUGUGGGAAGGCUUUUGGUCGAAGCUCCAACCUCCCGGUCCAUCAGAGGGUCCACACCAGAGAGAAGCCGUACCAAUGCAGCGAGUGUGGGAAAGGCUUCAGCUACAGCUCGGUGCUGCAGGUGCACCAGCGGCUGCACACGGGGGAGAAGCCCUACACGUGCGGCGAGUGCGGCAAAGGUUUCUACGCCAAGUCUGCACUCCACAAGCAUUGGCACGUCCCCCCGGGGGAGAGGCCCUACAGCUGCGUCAACUGCGGGAAGGGCUUCACUUGCAGCUCCCACCUCAGCAGCCGUCAGAAGACGCAUGCCGGGGAGAAACCCUACCCAUGUGACAAGUGCGACAAAGGUUUCAGUCACAGCUCAUACCUGCAGGCUCACCGGAGAGUCCACAUGGGGCAGCAUCUCUACGAAUGUGCCGCAUGCGGUAAGAGUUUCAGUUACAGCUCAGGGCUGCUCGCGCAUCAGAGGCUGCACACGGGAGAGAAACCCUACAAAUGCGAGUGCAGGAAGGGCUUCGGCCGGAGCUCUGACCUCCACGUCCACCAGAGGGUCCACACGGGAGAGAAACCCUAUAAAUGUGUCGAGUGUGGGAAGGGCUUCUGGCGGAACUCAGACCUUCACAGUCACCAGAGGGUCCACACGGGAGAGAGGCCCUACAUCUGCGACGUGUGCGGGAAGGGCUUUAUUUACAGCUCCGACCUCCUCAUCCAUCAGACAGUCCACACCGGAGAGAAACCUUAUAAAUGUGCCGAGUGUGGCAAAGGCUUCAGCUACAGUUCCGGGCUUCUCAUCCAUCAGAGGGUGCACACAGGCGAGAAACCCUACAGAUGCAAAGAGUGUGGGAAGGGUUUCAGGUGCACCUCAAGUCUUCACAAGCAUCAGCGAGUCCACACGGGCAAGAAGCCCUACACGUGUCAGCAGUGCGGCAAGGGGUUCAGCUAUGGCUCCAAUCUGCGCACCCACCAGAGACUGCACACAGGGGAGAAAUCCCACACGUGUUACGAGUGUGGAAAGGGCUUCCAAUACGGCUCGGGGCUCCUGAUUCAUAAGAGAGUGCACACCGGAGAGAAGCCGUAUAGGUGUGACGUGUGUGGGAAGGGCUACAGUCAGAACUCCCACCUUCAAGGUCAUCAGAGGGUCCACACUGGCGAGAAGCCCUACCAGUGUUUGGAGUGUGGGAAAGGCUUCAGUUAUAGCUCAGGGCUGCGGAAUCAUCAGAGGGCGCAUUUAAGCAAGAAACCUUGUAAAUAAGUAGGUGCUAGCUGAGGUCUCCCGUUAGAACGCAGAGCUUUGUAGUUGUCUGAGAGCUAACACGGGAGAAAAACGCUAAGAACGUCUCGUGCAGCCAGGGCUGCAAGCGAGGCCAACGUUCUCCUAGUCUGCGUGCGACAGAAGGGAACAUCUGGAAGUUUCAUAAAUAGGGAACGCACUUAGUCACAAACUUCGGGCCUUGAGAGUCUGUAGCACUGCAGGAUAGUCCUUAAAGAUACGACGUGCGGGUGGCUUCAGUAAAAAUCAUCGCGCUUGUCCGAGCUGGCCUAGAAUGGAGCUUUACAAAUAAUACGAGUAGUGAGAAUGUUUCGCAGGAGCAGGUUAUGGACACGGAUUCCUUGUCAGGGAGAAAUACCUACAAAUGGGACAACCAUAGGAAAAUAGUGUCACCUGACUAAAGCCAAUAUUGUAGGAAUCUUUGAGAAGGUAGUUUUUAUAAAAACUAAAAGAUGAUAAUGUUCGUGGAGGCCAGUCACUUUUAGAAGGUCAGGAGCAGUUACAAGGAAAGGCUUUCUCAGGGCGGGUCUGGGUAACGGGUCGCCAUCAUGUUUUCAUCGUGUUUUUGUGGUUGUGCUUUCUCUCGUAGAGGUAAACUGCUCUCAGAGAGAAGUUGUGCUAAAUUAUAAGAAUCUCUCAUUUUCUCAGGUUUUAAAAACAAAAUCUGAUUGGGGUUUAAUUGGCCUUGCAUUGAAUUUACAUUUAAUUUGGAAAGAACUUACGUCUUUUUUUUUUUGAGGAAGAUUAGCCCUGAGCUAACAUCU